CAUGACAAGGGUUGUGUGAAACAUUAUGUUUGACAAUCGCUGAUUGGAUGACAGGCGUGAAAGCAAAAUGUACAAGGUGACAUCACCCAAAAAAGAGGAAGCAAUACUUCCUCUAAGCAAAUCGGACCGUUGGAAAGAAAUUCACCUCACUUUUAAUCUUUACAAUGCGAAUGGAGAAUACAGUCAACUAACAGUGAGUGGCAUAAUGAGUAACGUGACGUACGCUGUGGUCAACAAGCCUAAACAAAAGUACCCACCGUCUGAAAACAGAACUUCAUAUGGCUCUCAUCACUAUGACAACGAUCCAUUAGUGACAACAUUGCCAUUGUACAGUAUGGUCGGACCCUCAGAGGGCGCCUGGAGCUCUGCAGGUUUAGCAGAAUUAUCGUCUGGCGCUAGUUUGGAGUCUGUAUCAGGCACGCACAACGAUUACGAAGAGGUUUCUACCUCAGUGACGGAAAUUUCCAACAAGUCUGUGCGUGAUAGCCUUGAAUAUAAUUACCGGGUUCAGAAGCCAAGAGGACCCAGACCACCACCUCCUGCUUGGACAUAACAGGUGUCUACCAGACCCAACAGGACGUGUUUGCACUUUGUAUUAUGUACCUUUACUCUUGUUUAAAAUAAAAACAUUUGUAUAAAAGUUUUCUGAAACAAUACAUUUUGAGGAGGAAUAUUAGUCAUAGUUUAGUAACUGUAUAAUGACCAUAAAUCAAGUCACAGUCAUUUAUGCAGUCCUUAAUUUGAACAAAUGUCUCAAAGGGCUUCACAGGCCCAAAGUUGACAGACAAUUUUGACACCCUCUGAUCCUAAUCAUACCACAAGGGCCCUGAGCCUUUCAUAGUGGAGCAUUUUGCAUGUUAGCAAUCAUAGUGAAGAGUGUUUAGAAGGUUAGCAUGUAGCUGUCUAGACCACCACAUACUGUAUUUAGUGUCUAAGUUUGGGAAUGAGCUGCAGCAUAAACAUAAAAGUAGAGGGAAGAAAAAGUGAGAUUGGCAAAACGAGCGAUGAGUGAUUCAAUUUCACGUGAUGAUGUGAUUUAGAAAGGAGAGCUUGUUGCUAGGCAACAGAGCAGCUUCCCUUUCAAGUUUCCCCUCCUUCUUGUUGUUUUUUUUUUUUAAACAAUCAGGUCAGAGCGAAGCUCAUUGGUAACCAUGGCAACAGCCUCAUCAUCACCAUUGUCCAGCCUAAAUCCAGGAAGUGGUGGUUCUUGACACGAUGUCAUUUCCUGCUUCUUCCAGCCACCGAGGCAGACAUUCCUCAUCUGUGGUUCUUUUUUCCUGGCCAUCUUUUUUGUCUCCUUCCCUCUUUCCUUCCCUCUCAGCUUGCCUGCUUGUAAGUGAGUGCCUGUGCGUGCGUCAGGGUGUGCGCGUGCGUGCGUGUGUGUGAAAGUGGAAAAAGAUGAAAACAUCAAGUGAAGAAAAUGACAGAGGAAGAAGUGGUGGAAUGAUUACAGGCUUCGAUGUUCAAACCUUAAAAGUCAGCAGACGUUAUUUUAGGCCCGGGCCUCUGCUGAGGAAUGUUUCUGGUUCUGCUGGCUCACACCCUGCAACCAUGUGACCAAUCAGACUCCACUGAUGAGGAAGACUGUCGUCAUAGUAAUUGGAUCACGCACACAUACAGACACAAAUGUUACUAUUUGUUGAUAAAUAAAGACUAGUUAGUUAUGUAGUCUUUGGCCCAUAGUGGCAACACAAGGGGUGACCCAAGAUAUGCCGUAGUCAGCAUUCUACUUUGAAAUAAGGGUAUGGCAGUUUGGAUCUGGACAAGAUGAUGGAGUCAUGGUUUCCAUGCCCUCAUUACAGUCAAGAGGUUUCCGGUUGAAAUCUCAGCUUCCAAAAAUAUCCAGGCAUUUUAGCUUUAGUGAGGCCUUUGGCGUGAAUGCUUGUUUGUUUGUAUGUGCCCUAACAAUGACUG